AUGAUUGGAAAAUUUAAAAGGAGGAAGAGGAGAAAUUUUCCAAUCAUUUCUUCUUCUUCUUCUUCUUCUUCUUCUUCUUCUUCUUCUUCUUCUUUUUUCUUCUUUCCUUCUUUCUUCCAAUCAUUUUCCUUCUUCUUCUUCUUCUUCUUCUUCUUCUUCUUCCAUAUUUUCCAAUCUUCUUUUCCCUUCCUUCUCUUUCUUAAUCUCCCAAUACACAUUUCUCGUCUUCCUUUUCCCAUAUCUUCCAGUCUUGUUUCCCUCUUUAUUCAUCGCAUAUCCCCUAAGGUCAUUGCCCUGCUUCUCUUCUCUCAUAUCUACUUCCUCUUUAUUCGUCAUUUGCCCGCCUCUUCUUCUAAUGUUCAUUUUGUUGUUCAUUCUGUCCGUACCUCUUUCCUCUUUCUUCUUCUCUCUCCUCUUCCAAUUCUUACUUUUCAUUAUCCUCCACUACCUCCAAAUCUUUCCUCUUCUCGCCCCUUCCUUUUAAAUUUCUACUUGUCCCAGACUUACUUUUUCCUUCUGAAUCUUUUUCUCUUGUUCUUCAUUUCUUUUCUGUUUUUUUUUCCCGAAAAUCCUUUUCCCCCAACAUUAUCUUCUUUUUAUGCUUCCAUCUUUUCUUUUACAGUCUUCCUCUUCUUCUUCUUCUUCUUCUUCUUAUUAUUAUUAUUAUUAUUAUUAUUAUUAUUAUUAUUGUUUUACUUGAUAUAUUCACUGCCUUCUCAUCCCCACUUUCUUCACCAUUAA